AUGGAACAGAAUGAAAUUCUGAAUAAAAAGAAAAAUGAAAUCGAAAAAGAAAAUCUAGAAAUUGAAUCCAUCAUUAUUCCCAACUACAAGAAGAAAACAAAAGACACAGAGAGGAAAAUAUCCAAAACAAUAGGCACAUUUGAUGAACUGGUCAAAGAAACAGAAAAACACAGAAAACUGUGGCAUCAAGAAGUAGAUAAGAUCAUCAACAAACUCAAUUCCUUGAUCAAAUCCAAGAGAGAAAAUUACAUCACUCUUCUAGAAUCUCACCAGUCAAGAUUAAAAAAUCUUAUUUCAGAUAUGAUCCAAACAAUGGAGCGGAACAAAAACAUCCUGAAUACUAACAGAGUGUCUGAAGUCACAAACUAUAAAUCCAAACUGAAACAAUACAGAAAUAUACCUGCUGAUAUUGAUGUUAAAGUUCCUUCAUUGAAUACAAAAAUCGUCGAAGGUAGAGAAAUCGGCAUCGAAUUUGGCGAAUACAGGGCUACACUUACACAGACAGCGUCAUUCACUGCGACAAAUAAAGUCUCCUAUGAAAAUAUGAAAGAGUCAUUAGACAAAGCAAUGGUGAUUUCCACCAUUUCCACUGGAGUUCUCCCUCUCUGGAGAGUGGCCUGUGUAGGAACAGAUGAAGUCUGGGUUAGUGGUGAUGACGAAGUCAUAAAACGUGUUGACAUACACGGGUCUCUACAGGAAUCUGUCACCACCGCAUGUCGAACCUUUCCUGCUGAUAUUUGUGUAACUAGGGAGGGAGAACUGAUAUACAGUGACUCUACAACUGAAAAUGUGCAUAUUUUCAGGCACGGGAAACCAGAGGUAAUGAUCACCACACCACGGGGAUGGAGACCAUACAGACUGUACUGUACAAGUUCAGGGGACAUAUUGGUCAAUGUGUCUAAUUAUACACAAAACAAAAUAAUACGUUAUCAGGGAACUAUAUUGAAAAUGGAAAUGGAUAAAGAUGAACAUGGAAAUCCAAUCUUUAAAGAAGGGUAUGAUAUACUAGCUGUGGCAGAGAACAUCAAUGGAGACAUCAGUGUUUGUGAUGGUAAUGCAGACAUCUUAGUUGUGGUAGACAAGGCAGGGAGAGUCCGAUUUCGAUAUGAUGGUUCACAAGCCAUGAGAGAAAAGACGUCCGGGCCAAGAUAUAUACUAACAGAUACUGCUGGUCAGAUCAUUAUGACAGACAUAAACAAUGCUUGUAUACACAUCCUAGACAAGAAUGGACAGCUCCUGAAAUGUGUAGACAAUUGUGGACUAGAUAAACCUUAUGGAUUGAGUUUGAGUAGUGGGGGAACGUUGUGGAUAGGAUUACCUGAUUCAGGAAAAGUGAAAGUUAUCGAGUACAUGAAAUAA